AUGAGGUCGGAGGUUAACGAGUGGUAUAAAGGCCGAAAUGUGCUGGUGACCGGAGCCUCCGGGCUCAUGGGCAAAGUCCUCAUCGAGAAGCUUCUCUACAGCAUCCCUGACAUUGGCUGCGUAUACGCAUUAGUUAGGGGUAAGAGAGGAAAAUCACCCGAAACUCGAAUAGAGGAAAUGUGGAAAUUACCUUUAUUUGCAAGAAUAAGGGAAGAAAAGCCACACGUCAUGAAGAAGUUGGUGCCCGUGACUGGGGACAUACUCAGCGACAAUCUCGGCAUAGACAGUGACAAACUAGAGAAAAUAUACAAUGAGGUGUCAAUAGUCUACCACUUCGCGGCCACUCUCCGCCUGGAAGCGCCCCUCAAAGAGGGUCUGGAAAUGAACACCAGAGGGACGAAGCGGGUUCUAGAUCUCGCAAAGAAAGUGAAGAAUUUGGUCUCCUUCGUUCACCUCUCCACGGCGUUCUGCUAUCCCGACUACGAGAGGUUGGCGGAGAAGGUCCACGAUCCCCCCGAAAAUCCUCACGAGGUGCUCCGAGCCGCCAGCUGGCUCUCCGAAGAGCAGCUCGACCUGAUAGCUCCUUCGCUGAUGAAGAAGCACCCCAAUUCCUACACGUACUCCAAGAGGCUGGCCGAAGCUCUCGUCAGGGAGGCCUAUCCGGAAAUACCCGCAGUCGUCGUGCGACCCAGCAUCGUGACCCCCUCCCACAAGGAGCCGGUCCCCGGCUGGGUGGACAACCUCAACGGGCCCGUCGGGCUCAUGAUCGGGGCCGGCAAAGGGGUCAUCCGGUCCAUGCACUGCUGCGGGCACUACCACGCCGAGGUCAUCCCCGUAGACAUCGCCAUCAACGCCCUGGCGGUCAUCCCUUGCCACCUCGACAAGAAGGCGGAUCGCUCGCCAGAGAUCCCGGUGUUCAAUCUGACGACCGGAGACCAGAGAAAGGACACUUGGAAGGAAGUGUUGGACGUGGGCAAAGCCACGGUGAGGAAGUACCCCUUCGAGGGACCCCUUUGGUACCCCGACGGCAACAUUCGCCACAACAAGUUCUUCCACGAGCUGUGCGUCUUCUUCUACCACAUCGUGCCCGCUUAUCUCAUCGACUUCCUCAUGCUGCUCUUCGGCCAGAAGCGAUUCAUGGUCCGCAUCCAGAAGCGCAUCUCGGUGGGGCUGGAAGUGCUGCAGUACUUCACGACCCGGGAGUGGUGGUUCGACACGGAUCGCUUCAGAGGACUGCCCGGGACCCUCAACGAGACCGAUCUGACUCUCUAUCCGAUGGACGUGAUGAAAAUCCAGAUCGAGCCUUACAUAGAGAGCUGCAUGAUCGGCGGGAAGCUGUACUGCCUCAGGGAGAGACUCGAAGAUCUGCCGAAGGCCAGGCUGCAGAACAAUAUAUUAUACUUUCUAGAUCUGGCGGCGUCGGCUUUCUUCUACUUGUUAAUGCUGUACUGGCUGGUCCUUUACGUCCCCCCCUUGAGGAGCACUCUGGCGCUCGGCGGACCCCUCGUGAGGUAUUUGCCCCUCGUGGGGAAUGUGGUUUUUCCAAAUAAAUAA